AAUUUAUUAUUUCUGGGACCAUCCAUAAUUAAUAGUUUACUAUUUCUGUGAUCCUGCAACAAACCCUUUGGCUCUAUAGAUAGAUAGAAAUUUAUACUUUCAUCUAUAUGAGACUUGGUUUCUGAUUUUCUCCAUGCAUAAAAUUUGCAUUCAGAACAAGAUGGAACACUCACAAACUCAUUCUAGCCAGAUUUUGUUUAGAUUUUUCCUUUUUUUAUGGUGGACCACAUGUCUGCAAUCUGCAACACUACCCACUUCUGGAAAUGAAUCUGAUCGCCUGGCAUUGCUAGACUUCAAGAAAAGAAUAACUCAAGAUCCUCUCUAUAUCAUGAGCUCAUGGAACGAUUCCAUUGAUCUCUGCAGUUGGGUAGGCGUUACGUGCAACCCUGCCACGAAAAGGGUCAUGGUUUUGAACCUGGAAGCUCAAAAAUUGGUAGGCUCCUUAUCUCCUUCUUUGGGAAAUCUUACUUAUCUUACUGGAAUCAACCUGAAAAACAACAACUUUCAUGGUGAAAUUCCUCAACAAAUCGGUCGCCUACUGAGCCUUCAACAUCUCAACCUGUCUUUCAAUUCCUUUGGUGGGAAAAUUCCAUCUAAUAUAUCUCACUGUAUGCAACUAAGCGUACUCAGUCUUAGUUCCAAUAAGCUUUUUGGGUCAAUUCCUAACCAACUCAGUUCAUUGUUGAAUUUAGUUAGUCUAGGUCUUGGUCUUAACAAUCUCACCGGAACGAUCCCACAUUGGAUAGGAAACUUUUCAUCUUUGGAACUUUUUGUGCUUGCUGUCAACAAUUUUCAAGGAAGCAUACCCAAUGAGCUUGGGCGUCUAACAAACUUGAGAAUGUUUAUUCUCUGGGAUAAUAAUCUGUCUGGUAUGAUCCCUACUUCACUCUAUAAUAUUUCAUCCAUAUUCUACUUCACUGUUGCUAAAAACCAGCUGCAUGGAGAGCUACCACCUAAUGUGGGAAUUACUCUUCCUAAUCUUGAAGUAUUUGCCGGUGGGGUCAAUAAGUUCACUGGAACUGUUCCUCUGUCAUUGUCCAAUGCUUCGAGACUUCAAGUGCUUGAUUUUCCUGAAAAUGGACUCACUGGGCCACUCCCCGCUGAAAAUCUUGCAACUUUGCAGAGCUUAGUUAGACUCAACUUUGAUCAAAAUAGACUAGGAAGUGGGAAAACUGGUGACCUGAAUUUUCUCAGCUUCCUAGCUAAUUGUACUAGUCUUGAGGUGUUGGGUCUUAAUGAUAAUCAUUUUGGAGGAGAAUUGCCAGCAACAAUCGCCAACCUUUCUACCCAACUAAAAAGGCUUACUUUGGGGACCAAUUUGAUACAUGGAAGCAUCCCUAACGGCAUUGGAAAUCUUAUAAACUUGACCCUUCUGGGAGUGGCCGAAAACUAUUUGGGUGGUAGUGUCCCUGAUGUAAUCGGGAAACUUCAGAAGUUACAGGGUGUUGAGUUGUUUGCUAACCAAUUUUCUGGGUCAAUUCCGUCCUCCCUAGGUAACUUGACUUCAUUGACAAGGCUCCUCAUGCAAGAGAAUAAGUUUGGGGGAAGUAUACCACCAAGUUUCGGGAACUGCAAAGAUCUACAGACACUUGACCUUUCAAGUAACAAUCUAAAUGGCACCAUUCCUAAAGAGGUUAUUGGGCUUUCAUCCCUUUCAAUUUCUUUAUCCAUGUCUAACAAUUUUUUGACUGGUUCACUACCAUCUGAAGUGGGUGAUCUGAAAAAUAUUGGGGAGUUAGAUGUUUCAGAAAACAAGUUAUCAGGUGAAAUCCCAGGAACCCUCGGCAGUUGUAUUAGUUUGGAGCGUCUUCAUUUGCAAGGUAAUAAACUUGAAGGAUCAAUUCCCCAAACACUAAAAAAUUUAAGAGGCUUGGAAGAAAUAGACAUUUCGCGUAAUAACUUAUCAGGGAAAAUUCCUGAGUUCCUAGGAAAUCUUGGAUCUCUUAAGCAUCUCAAUAUUUCUCAUAACAAUUUUGAGGGUGAAUUGCCUAGAGAAGGGAUCUUUUCAAAUGCAAGUGGUGUCUCAAUCCUUGGAAAUAAUAGGCUAUGUGGUGGAAUUCCAGAAUUCCUUCUUCCUGCAUGCUCUAGCAAAAAGCGCCAUUCACCUCGAGGAUUACUUGCCCCAAAAGUAUUCAUCCCUAUAACUUGUGCACUAGCAUUUUUAAUUGCUCUGUCAUGCUCCUUUGCUGCUUGUUCAUAUGUGAAAAAGUCAAGAGAUAGACUAGUCACUUCGCAUUCUUAUACGGAUUGGAAAUCAGGUGUUUCUUACUCUCAACUCUUUCAAGCAACUGAUGGGUUCUCUGUGGACAAUCUGAUUGGCUCGGGAAGUUUCGGUUCUGUUUACAAAGGAGUACUCCCUAAUGAUGGAAUGGUAGUUGCUGUUAAGGUAUUAAACCUUCAACAAGAAGGAGCUUCCAAGAGUUUCAUUGGUGAAUGCAAAGUGUUAAGAAGUAUAAGGCAUCGUAAUCUUCUCAAGAUCGUAACUGUCUGCUCCGGUAUUGAUAAUCAGGGCAAUGACUUCAAAAGUCUAGUUUUGGAGUUCAUGGAAAAUGGAAGUCUAGACCAGUGGCUUCAUCCAAGAGAUGAUGAGCAAUCUCAGCCUAAGAGAUUAAGCCUCAUCCAAAGACUCAAUAUCGCAAUUGACGUUGCUUCUGCUCUAAAUUAUCUGCACCACCACUGUGACACGGCCAUUGUUCAUUGUGAUCUAAAGCCAAGCAAUGUUCUUCUUGACGAAGAUAUGGUAGCCCAUGUUGGUGACUUUGGUUUAGCAAAGUUCCGCUUACAAGCAUCAAAUGAUCGCACCAAAAUUCAAACCAUGUCAGUUGGGCUAAAGGGUUCCAUAGGCUACAUUCCUCCAGAGUAUGGCAUGGGAAGCCCCGUUUCCAUAAUGGGAGAUAUUUACAGCUAUGGGAUACUGUUGCUAGAAAUGUGCACAGGAAAAAGACCAACCGAUGACAUGUUCAAAGAUGGUUUAAGCAUUCACCAAUUCACAGCCAUGGCUUUGCCUGACCAUGCCAUGGACAUAGUUGAGCCUUCAUUGCUGCUUGAAACUGAUGACGAGGAGGAUGAUGAUGAACACGACGACAAAUAUGAAAAUGACAUACAAGAAAGACCCAUAGCGAGAUAUAAGGAUCCCGGCCCAGACAAAGUAAAAAGAUUGGAGGAAUGCGUGGCUUCAGUGAUGCAAAUAGGGAUCUCAUGCUCUGCAGUAUCACCGACAGAGCGGAUGCUUAUGGAUGUUGUCGUCAACAAAAUGAAUGCAGUCCGGGGCUCAUAUCUCAAUAUAACAAGAAGAAGAAGAUGAUGAAGAUGAUUGCAAUGUAAAAGAAAUUAGUUUUAUGUAAUAUUUUGCUGAGGCUAUUAUUAGCACAUGCUCUGCUUUUGCCGAGGCUUUUCUACUUCAAAUACAUUGAGUAAGGAAUCUAAUAAUUUCAAUCAACUCAGUAGUCACUACUU